CAUCAUCUUACCAGCAGGACAGCUUUAGGCGACUCUAACAAGCAUCUCAGAGAAGAUGGACAAGAGAUUGGAAUUCAGUCUGCUGUUUUUGUCCAUACUCAUUUCUACAAAUCACAUCAGGGGCUUUAACUUGAAUCUGAACCAAUACACGGUCUUCUCUGGCCCUGAGGAUAGCUACUUUGGUUUCUCAGUGGACUUUUAUCAGUCAAGCAGUAAGAGUGUAAGUGUGGUGGUUGGAGCUCCAAGAGCAAACACAAAUCAAUCUGGGGUCUCUUAUGGUGGCUCCGUCUUCAUGUGUCCCUGGACAACAAGUGGACAAUCAUGUCAGACCCUAAACUUUGACCAAAAAGGUGAUGAAAACAUUACAUUUGGUAACAUGCUCCUAAUGGCUCACAAGUCAAACCAGUGGUUGGGUGCUUCAGUUCGAACCUACAACAACUACAUCUUGGCCUGUGCCCCAUUGUUUCACUGGAACGUCCUCGUGGACCAAGAAGAAGCCAUGAACACACCUGUGGGGAACUGCCAGCUUUUGAACAUGCAAACAGGAGAGUUGGCAAACUAUGCCCCCUGCAGGGAAGAAUAUGUAGAGGCCAUUUACACCAGAGGCUAUCCUGACAGAAGAUACUGUGAGGCUGGAUUUACCACAGAUAUCACCAAGAAUGGCAGAGUAAUUCUUGGUGCACCAGGAGGCUAUUAUUUUCAAGGUCAGAUCAUCACAGCAUCUCUUGUAAACAUCAUGAGCAGCGGCAGUUCAUUCACUCCCAAACACUCUGUGAGCGGUGAGACCAAAACACCACAAAGACGGGAUUACUACGACCUAUAUCUGGGAUACUCUGUUGCUGCUGGGGCGUUUAACAAUGACAACAUCCCAGAUUAUGUUGUUGGCGUCCCAAAUGAUCUGCACACUGCAGGCUCUGUCAAAAUAAUAAAUGGAGCAACCGUGCCUCUACAAAUCAUGAAGGCAAUUAGUGGCACCCAGAUAGCAUCCUAUUUUGGACAUACUGUAGCAGUUACAGACAUUAAUAGAGAUGGGUGGGAUGACAUCCUGAUUGGAGCGCCACUUUUUAUGGAGCAGCUGUCCACGCAGAAAUUUCGAGAAGUGGGACAAGUGUAUGUUUACCUGCAAAGAAAGGACUUCUCCUUCGCCUCCAGACCCAACCAGAUCCUGGCCGGGACAUACGCAUAUGGGCGUUUUGGCAGCGCCAUUGCACCUUUGGGAGACCUCGACCAUGAUGGUUUUAAUGAUGUUGCAGUGGGGGCGCCUGGUUCGGGUGAUGGGGGUAAAGUGUUUAUUUACCUGGGUGAGAGUGAUGGCUUGAGCACCCAGUAUGUCCAGGUCAUCGAGAGCCCAUUUCACACCCUCAUAGAUCCUCCAAUGUUCGGCUUCAGCAUAAGAGGAGGGACAGAUAUUGAUGAUAAUGGAUAUCCAGAUCUCAUCAUUGGUGCAUGGGGUGCAAGCAAAGUGGUUACAUACAGGGCACAGGCUGUGGUGAGGACACAAGCUCGCCUCUCUUUCUUCCCUGACCUUUUGAACCCUGAAGACCAAUUCUGUCAACUCCAGCAGAGCAGCACCUACAUUACAUGCUUUAUAAUUAUGGCAUGCAUCCGUGUGUCAGGACACAGAAUUCCAGAGCAGAUUGUAUUAAACACAGAGCUUCAGCUGGACAGAAUGAAGCAGAGCAUGGCCAGACGAACACUCCUGCUGGACUCCAACCAACCGUACACUAACUUCCAGCUCUCAGUGGACAGAAACUCAAGAGAUGUUUGCAGAAACUUCACCGCAUACCUACUGCCUGAAUUUAAGGACAAGCUGAGUCCAAUCUUCAUCUCAGUAAACUACAGCUUGGCUGACUCCCAAAAUGCAGUGCUGCACGGACAAAGUGUCGCUGUUGGACAGACACGAAUAAUACUAAACUGUGGUCCUGAUAACAUCUGUAUUCCAGACCUGAAGCUGAAGGCAGUAGCUUCAACAGAACCAAUCCUGAUCGGCGAUGAGAAUCCAGCGCUGCUGAUUAUCGAGGCUGAGAAUCAGGGAGAAGGAGCUUAUGAGACUGAGCUCUAUAUCAGCCCGCCGGCAAACACACACUAUCAGGGUGUUUUGAGCAACCAUGAGGAUUUCAGUGCCUUGGUGUGUGGUCAGAAGAAGGAGAACGGCUCAGUCAUUGUGGUCUGCGAUCUGGGAAACCCCAUGGAGGCCGGACAACAGCUGAAAGCAGGUCUUUACUUCAGCAUGGGUGAUCUGGAACAGGUGGAGAACCACAUCACAUUUCAAAUGCAAAUACGAAGUAAGAACAGCCAGAACCCAGACAGCAACCUGGUCCAAUUGCAGGUUAAUGUGAAUGCUGUCGCUUCCCUGGAGAUGCGUGGAGUCUCUUCUCCUGUUGACUGUUUUCUGCCUAUUGCUAAAUGGGAGUCGAAGGAUUAUCCAGAGGACUUGGAUGAAGUAGGCCCACUGGUUGAGCAUGUGUAUGAGCUAAGGAACCGGGGCCCCAGUCCUGUC